UAAGAAAAAAAGUCAUUUCAUAAGUCCAAAAACAUUCAUAACGAUUGGUUAACAAACAACAGGGAUACAAUGUUUUUAAUGACAAUAAAAUUUAAGGUGGGCCUAUUGUCCUGACACGCACUGUAUUCUGAAAGUUGGCUACGCCUUGAUCGAAUGACUGCAGAAUUUUUAACAGAUUUCCCAUGCAGAUCCCUUUAAACACACCUCCUUUGAACAAUAUAACAAAGCAUACAGUUUAUAACAUGGCACGUGUAUGGAUUUUAUUAUCGAACAUUUCCCGGAGACAUGUUUAUGUCGUUGAAAACGACAUAGCACAAAUCAUCAUGCCCAUAAUUUCUAUGGACGUGCCUUUCAUUUCUGCAUGCUUUAAGUUUUGCAAAGUUUAUCUAUAGUAUAGGUCCGACAUCACAGCAAUUGUUUGCGUUAGUUGUAUUGCAGAACUGACUGGAGCGACUUCAUACAUUGUGAUAAUGUGCUAAUUUGCAGAACUGAAGCAACAUGCAGAGACUUUUCGUGAUUUUUACGCUUGCCUCGUGCAUUGUGGCAUUGUUCGAUGAUCUUCAUUUACCUGAUAAUCCAGUGUACUACAAGGAAUACCACAGGCAGUGCGGUGUACCUUUGAAAUGUGCUAGCGAUUGGCGGUGUCCUAACGUUUACAAUUGGAAGCAUUUGGAACUGUGGGCUCAGCAGGAAGCUAUCAAUCGGUUCGAAUGGGAAUCGAGCUUUCAGAAUAAUCCGUGUUAUCUGGUUAGCGAAAAAGAAUACGAUUUCAAUUUGUUUUUCACCAACGCUCUGGACUUUGAUGACGAAAUUGGAGUUAAAAAUACUUUGACUACGGACAUUUUACUGCAACAUCUGGCUAGUCAAGGAAAAUGCACCGUAAGGAAUUUGCUGGAAGGAUACUGUCCAAACGUCAAUCGGUCACUGUCUUUGGACAAAUGUCAGCACAGAAAAGCAUACGACUGCGAUCCCAACUAUCCGUAUCGCACUUACAAUGGAGUGUGCAAUAAUCUGCGACACACAACUUGGGGUCAAUCUGGCAAUCCGCUCAAACUGGAAAUGGCACCGUGCUUCGAUGACUUCGUUUCAAAGCACCGUAUGAGCACGUCCGGACGAAGUCUUCCCAACAACAGAAACAUUAUCAGUGAUAUUCAACGUGCGAAAAACAGCCAAGGUACCGUUGUGCCACCCACCGCAAUAUUCAACAUAUUUGGUUUAAUAUUUUCCGAAUUCGUCACUUCGGACAUGGUUGGUCGAGCUAUGAAACGGACUCGUAAUGCUACAUCAGGCUUCCGAGGAUGUCGUGCUGAUGGAAGUGAUGUAUCACUAUUCCGAGCACCACUAACAGAGCCGUUGCAUAUCUUCAAUAUAGAUCCAAACUAUGGUCCAAAGAAUGUGAAGUGCUUAAAUUUUAGUCCGAUUGAAAAUGCUAACGAUCAAUGUGACAUAAGGUACCCUUCAAAGAGGAGCAUCGCAACGAGUUAUCUCGAUAUGUCUUCGACGUACGGUGAGGGAAAAUACGAUAGCACAGGAAAAUUAGUUACCUCAUUCUGUGAAGCAUCUUCAACGUUCGGUCAGAGUCAUGUCAUCACAAUUCAAUUCUUGGCCGUAGCUGGACUUUUCUCACAACUCCACAACUACUGUAUUGACCGAGUUAGUUUAUGUGGCCAAGGUCAAUCCAAAGAGGACAUGAUAGAAAAGUGUCGAUCAUUGACAAUAGGUGUAUAUCAACGCAUAGUUUACGAGGAACUUUUGCUAGCUUUGUUUGGCGAAGAGUUCUAUAGUCAGUGCAAUUUUGAUUGUGAAUACGACGAGGGUUUAGAAUCCAGUAUUUCUUCUACGUACACCAAUGCACUGGGCCGAUUUCAGCACAUAUGGAUGCCAGAAAAUUUCACACUAGUGGAAGGCAACGAUCGCAUUCAGAAAUCUGUGCCUGAGUUUUUCCUUAAUCUUGAGACGUAUGACUGCUCGAUGGUACUGGAGGGAACGUUCGAUGAUCCAAUUCGUAUCCAAACAUUAUCAGAAUCUGUAAACUAGCACUUAUUUUGCAAC